AUAUGGCACAAAGUCUUAAUAAUGCUAAAGCUUGACUCACUGGGGCCCAGUUCAGGGAGCAGACAGAAUCACUUAACCAACUGUCUGCUUGCCGUCUCACGUCGCAGAAUACACAAAAUGUACUAAAUGUAAUACUCCCUUCUCCUAAACAUCAUAAAAUAGAGACCGUGUCUGUCCCCCGGAUUAGCAAACAUAAAAUAAUGCGUAAACCUCUUGAAAGUAAUUUAAUAAACGUUAAACAAAUUAAACAUGAACAAAAUACAGAUAAUCAACUGUUACGACUCAGAUUGCUAAAUAUUAGAUCUCUCUCUAAUAAAGCACUUUUUGUUAACGAUAUGAUAACAGAUCAUAAAAUAGACAUGCUCUGUUUGACAGAAACAUGGCUAAAACCAGAUGAUUAUAUUACUUUAAAUGAAUCUGUCCCCCAAGAUUCUUAUUAUAAACAUGAGCCUCGUCUAAAAGGCAGAGGGGGAGGUGUCGCAGCACUUUACAAUAACUCUUUUAGCAUUUCCCAGAAGUCUAACUCUAAAUACAAUUCUUUUGAAGUCAUGGUACUUCAUGUAUCAACACCUAAUACUAAGGAUAAAACAUUUAUAAAAUUUAUUCUAGCUAUUGUAUAUAGGCCUCUAGGGCACCACACAGAUUUUAUUAAAGAAUUUGGUGGGUUCUUAUCAGAACUAGCACUGGCCGCAGACAGUCCUUGUCGUUGGUGACUUUAACAUCCAUGUAGAUAACGAUACAGAUGCCUUAGUAAUGGCUUUCAUAAACACUCUUAACUCCAUGGGCGUUAGUCAACAUGUGUCAGGACCCACUCACCUUCGUAAUCAUACUUUAGAUUUAAUACUCUCUUACAGUAUACAUGUGGACGACGUUAAAAUCCUUCAGCAGAGUGAAGACAUUUCGGAUCAUUUUCUGGUAUUAUGUUUGCUUCACUGGCCUACGGCUGCAAAUCAAACUCCUUGUUACAAAUAUGGUAGAACAAUAACUUCAACUACCAAAGAUGCAUUUCUUGAUAAUCUGCCUGAAUUGUCUCAAAUCUCUAGCAUGAGAAAUAAUGUUGAAGAUCUUGACACUACCACUGAAAAUUUUAACUCCACCUUCUCGGAAACGCUAGACACAGUUGCUCCUCUGCGUUUAAAGAAGAUUAAAAAUGGCAGCCCAACACCGUGGUAUAAUGAUCACACUCUGGCUCUAAAGAAAGCGGCCCGAAAAAUGGAGCGCAACUUUAAGAAAACUAAAUUAGAGGUAUUUCGUACAGCAUGGAAGGAUAGUAUUCGAAAAUACAGGAAAGCCCUAAAAACGUCUAGAUCCGCCUACUUUUCAUCACUAAUAGAAGAAAACCUGCACAACCCUAGGUUUUUAUUUAACACUGUGGCUAAAUUAACAAAAAAUAAAUCGUCAGUUACUUCAGAUUCUGGGGGAUGAAUUUAUGAACUACUUCACAAAUAAAAUCGAAGAUAUUAGAGAAAAAAUUAUAACAAUGCAACUAGAAGUGAAACCCGCUGAACAAACUAACUACAGCGCCCCUAAGGAGAAAUUGCAAUUAUUUUCUGAUGAACUGUCUAAAAUCAUUAGAUCAUCUAAAUCAACAACAUGCAUGCUAGACCCUAUACCUACAAAUCUACUGAAAGAGAUUAUAUCCCAGAAAUUAUAGAUCCUCCUCUUAGUAUUAACUCAUCUCUGACAUUAGGACAUGUGCCUAAAGCAUAUAAGGUGGCUGUUAUAAGGCCCCUUGUAAAAAAAAAAACCAACUCGACCCUAGAGAACUAGGAAUAACUAAAUUAAAGGAAUAGCUUUGAAAUGGUUUAAAUCGUAUUUAUCCAACCGUUUUCAAUUUGUAGCAAUAAACAAUGAGGUGUCACGCAAAUCGUAAGUCCAGUACGGUGUACCACAGGGCUCAGUCUUAGGGCCUCUGCUCUUCGCAUUAUACAUGCUACCUCUAGGAGAUAUAAUAAAGCGACACGGAGUUAGCUUUCACUGUUAUGCUGAUGAUACUCAACUUUAUAUUUCCUCGAAGCCUCAUGAAACACAGAAGUUCCAUCGAAUAAUGGAAUGCAUAGUCGAUAUAAAAAACUGGAUGAGUAACAACUUUUUAUUACUGAACUCGGACAAAACGGAAGUGUUACUUACUGGACCGAAAACCGCCAUACGUAACAACCAAGAAUACUGCUUAACUAUUGACGGAUGUUCCAUAAAACCAUCGUCGUCAGCUAAGAAUCUUGGCGUUCUAAUCGAUAGUAAUCUGUCAUUUGAGAGCCACGUCGCCAACACCUGUAAAAUUGUGUUUUUCCAUUUUAAGAAUAUAUCUAAACUACGUCAUAUGCUGUCAAUGUCAGAUGCAGAGAAGUUAAUUCAUGCAUUCAUGACAUCAAGACUAGAUUACUGUAAUGCACUGUUAGGUGGUUGCCCUGCAGGCUUAUUUCAAAAACUCCAACUGGUCCAAAACGUGGCAGCUCGAGUGCUUACACGUACAAAAAUGUAUGAACAUAUUAGCCCGGUUCUGUCAACCUUGCACUGGUUACCUAUAAAGCAUCGCAUUAACUUUAAAAUCUUGCUUAUUACCUAUAAAGCCCUACAUGGUUUAGCUGUUCAGUACUUGAGUGAACUCCUCUUGUAUUACAGUCCUUCAUGGGCAUUACGCUCUCAGGCAUCCUGUCAGUUAGUAAUACCUAGAAUUUCAAAAUCAAGUGCAGGUGGUAGAUCCUUUUCCUAUCUGGCACCUAAACUUUGGAAUAGUCUUCCCUGCACUGUCCGGGAGGCAGACACACUCUGUCAGUUUAAAUCUAGACUAAAGACGCAUCUUUUUAAUCUUGCAUACCCUACACUUCCAUAAUAUAAAUCCUCUGAGGGUUUAGGCUGCAUUAGUUAGAUCAACCGGAACCAAAAACACAACUGAUGUACUUGUUGCAUCAAAGAGUACAGAACAGUACUCUACUCUCAGCCAGUCUUGUCUCAUUGUUCCAAGGUUACCACAGCGAGCAGGAUGCAGUUCAUGCCCAGACCUGAUGGUAGAGCGGAGAAUGGGAAGCGGCGACCUGACAAGAGCUGAGAUGAUAGAGCUGGAUAAAGAAGGACGCGACGGGUUUCAUCGGACACACGCACCUCCCUCAAAGUUAACUUCCGGUGUUUGUUGAUCGGUCUGGCAAGUGGCUAAUAAUGUAACUAUUUUUUAAUUUAAUUUAUAUUAAUAUUUUGUGGUUUAAUACUUGUAUUUAACAAGCCAGGGCUUGACAUUAAGCAUUGUCAUGUGGUUGUCCUUUGGACAAGUAAAUUUGUCAUUCACUUGCCCGAGUACAAAAAUUACUUGUCCAAAGAUUUAAAAAAAUGAUAUUUCAUUUGAAUUAUAAUAUAAUAUAAUCAAUAUAAUUGUUUAGGAUUUAGAUUGGUCAAGUUUCCUUCUAAGAAUUUUAACUAGUGUCUGCUUUGGCCACCUGAAUUUGGUUAUAGGCCUACUCUCUGUGACUGCUAUAAAACAAAGGCAAGCAGUAAUUAUUAUUAGUGUUAAGGCUGUAAGUUAACUUUUUUGCACAUAGCACUGGUGCUAGAGAGGUUUAAAGUUUGGUAGCACAGGCAGAAAUGUGCAAGUGUAGUUCAUUAUGAAUAGGCAGAUAACUGACAAAAGACAUUAAUGUUACAUACAGAUGGAUAAAUUGGGGACAUAUCAUUUUUAGAUUACCUAAAUUUGAUUUAAUAUUUCUAAGUUCUGUGUUUUUCCUUUUUUACUAUACAAUAGUGGUAUAUUUGUCCACAUAAAUUACUGUAGUAUACUAUAGUAUUUACUAUAGUAAACUACAGUAAAAUUCUUACUAUAUUGUUUUUGAACUUUACUAUAGUAUACAGUGUUUAUCAAUUUACUACAAGGGCACUUAAAUUUUCAAUAGCAAAUACUAUAGUACACUACAGUAUUUUUUGUCUGAGUGUCUUCCAACGGGACUUUUAUUUUGACGGGUCUUCGGGAAGACGCUUGUUUGCCGAUAGCUUCACUCAAACAGUAAAACGCUUGUAAAACAAACUCUCAGAGCAACUCUGGAGAUGAAGUUCAUGUGUUCAUAUCCUCAUACAGUGCAUACGCAGAUAAAUCCUCGACCAUCACUCGUGUUGUAUGUUAAACUGUGCACAUAAUUCACUCAGACACGCAGAACAGCCAGGUGACAUUUAAAUAACAGGAUUCCUCGUCCGCAUGGACUCAGUGCGGUGCGCAUUGAUUAUUGUCACACACGAACAAGCAGCUCUGAGCUCUGUCUUAGGCACAUAUUCUUAUUAUUCUACAUAUAUGUCGCACUGUUUUUUUCAAGUUACUUGUCCGGUCGGGCAAGUAAAAUUCUCUCUCACUUGCCCAUACAAAACAUUCACUUGUCCCGGACAAGCGGACAAGCGUUAAUGUCGAGCCCUGCAAGCUAUUUGUUGAAUUUUAUUGUAUGUUAAUUUUUUUAAUUGUAUUUUAAUUUUUUUAUA